AUGCCCGCCCGCGCCCCGCCGCGCCGCCCGCGGCCGCCGCCGCCCCUGCCGCUGCCGCUGCUCCUGCUGCUGGCCCUGGGCGGCCGCCGCCUGCGCGCCGAGCCCGGCGACGGGGAGCAGACCUGGGCCCGCUUCGCGCGCCCUCCGGCCCCCGAGGCCGCGGGCCUCAUCCACGACACCUUCCCCGACGGCUUCCUCUGGGCCGUGGGCAGCGCCGCCUACCAGACGGAGGGCGGCUGGCAGCAGCACGGCAAGGGCGCGUCCAUCUGGGACACGUUCACCCACCAACCCCCGGCGCCCUUAGGCGGUCCCCUGGUAGCCGGCCUACCGACGGGCGCCCCCUCGCCGUCCCCACCUGCCACCGGGGACGUGGCCAGCGACGGCUACAACAACGUCUUCCGAGACACGGAGGGGUUGCGUGAACUCGGGGUCACUCACUACCGCUUCUCCAUCUCGUGGGCGCGAGUGCUCCCCAAUGGCAGCGCGGGCGCCCCAAACCGCGAGGGGCUGCGCUACUACCGGCGCUUGCUGGAGCGGCUGCGGGAGCUGGGCGUGCAGCCCGUGGUCACCCUGUACCACUGGGACCUGCCCCAGCGCCUGCAGGACGCCUACGGCGGCUGGGCCAACCGCGCCCUGGCCGACCACUUCAGAGAUUACGCCGAGCUCUGUUUCCGCCACUUCGGCGGCCAGGUCAAGUAUUGGAUCACCAUCGACAACCCCUACGUGGUGGCCUGGCACGGCUAUGCCACAGGGCGCCUGGCCCCUGGCGUCCGGGGCAGCCCGCAGCUCGGGUACCUGGUGGCGCACAACCUCCUCCUGGCUCAUGCCAAAAUCUGGCACCUCUACAAUACUUCUUUCCGUCCGACUCAGGGAGGCCGGGUGUCCAUCGCCCUAAGCUCCCACUGGAUCAAUCCUCGAAGAAUGACCAACCAUAGCAUCAAAGAAUGUCAAAAAUCUCUUGACUUUGUACUAGGCUGGUUUGCCAAACCCAUAUUUAUUGAUGGUGACUAUCCUGAGAGCAUGAAGAGUAAUCUUUCAUCUCUUCUCCCUGGUUUUACUGAAUCUGAGAAAAAGUUCAUCAAGGGAACAGCUGACUUUUUUGCUCUUUCCUUUGGGCCAACCUUGAGUUUUCAACUCUUGGACCCUCACAUGAAGUUCCGCCAAUUAGAAUCUCCCAGUCUGAGGCAACUCCUUUCCUGGAUUGACCUUGAAUAUAACCAUCCUCAAAUAUUUAUUGUGGAAAAUGGCUGGUUUGUCUCAGGGACCACCAAGAGAGAUGAUGCCAAAUAUAUGUAUUACCUCAAAAAAUUCAUAAUGGAAACUUUAAAAGCCAUCAGGCUGGAUGGGGUAGACGUCAUCGGGUACACGGCGUGGUCCCUCAUGGACGGCUUCGAGUGGCACAGAGGCUACAGCAUCAGACGUGGACUCUUCUAUGUCGACUUUCUAAGCCAGGAUAAAAAGUUGUUGCCGAAGUCUUCAGCCUUGUUCUACCAAAAGCUGAUAGAGCAAAAUGGCUUCCCUCCUUUACCUGAAAAUCAGCCCCUAGAAGGGACAUUUCCCUGUGACUUUGCUUGGGGAGUUGUUGACAACUACAUUCAAGUCGACACCACUCUGUCUCAGUUUACCGACCCGAACGUUUACCUCUGGGAUGUCCACCACAGCAAGAGGCUCAUUAAGGUGGACGGGCUUGUGACCAAGAAGAGGAAAUCCUAUUGUGUUGACUUUGCUGCCAUCCGGCCCCAAAUCUCCCUGCUGCGGGAGAUGCACGUUUCGCAUUUUCACUUCGCGCUGGACUGGGCGCUGAUCCUCCCGCUGGGGAACCAGUCCCAGGUCAACCGCACCGCCCUGCACUACUACCGCUGCCUGGUCAGCGAACUCGUGCGCGCCAAAGUCACCCCCGUGGUGGCCCUGUGGCGACCUUCCGCCCCGCACCAAGGGCUGCCGCGCGCCCUGGCCAAGCACGGCGCCUGGGAGAACCCCCACACCGCCCUGGCUUUUGCAGAGUAUGCCACACUGUGCUUCAGCGAUCUCGGCCACCACGUCAACUUCUGGAUCACGAUGAGCGAGCCGUACACACGGAACAUGACGUACAGUGCGGGGCACAAUCUUCUGAAGGCCCACGCCUUAGCUUGGCGCGUGUAUGAUGAAAAGUUUAGGCGCUCUCAGAAAGGCAAAAUAUCUAUAGCCUUGCAGGCUGAUUGGAUAGAACCGGCCUGCCCUUUCUCCCAAGAGGACAAAGAGGCGGCAGAGAGAGUUUUGGAAUUUGACAUUGGCUGGCUGGCCGAGCCCAUUUUCGGCUCUGGAGAUUAUCCGCCUGUGAUGAGGGACUGGCUGAACCAAAGAAACAAUUUCCUUCUACCUUAUUUCACUGAAGAUGAAAAAAAGCUAAUCCGGGGUUCCUUUGACUUUUUGGCUUUAAGCCAUUACACCACCAUCCUUGUGGACUGGGAGAAAGAAGAUCCAAUGAAAUAUAAUGAUUACCUGGAAGUGCAGGAAAUGACGGACAUCACCUGGCUCAACUCUCCCAGCCAGGUGGCAGUGGUGCCCUGGGGGUUACGCAGAGUGCUGAACUGGCUAAAGUUAAAGUAUGGAGACCUCCCCAUGUACAUCAUAUCCAACGGCAUCGAUGAUGAUCCGAGUGAGGCCCAAGACCAGCUGAGGAUGUAUUACAUGCAGAAUUAUGUAAAUGAAGCUCUGAAAGCCUACAUAUUGGAUGGUGUCAAUCUUUGUGGAUACUUUGCUUAUUCAUUUAACGAUCGCACAGCUCCGAAGUUUGGCCUCUAUCGUUAUGCUGCAGAUCAGUUUGAGCCCAAACCUUCCGUGAAACAUUACAGGAAAAUUAUUGACAACAAUGGCUUCCCGGGUCCCAAAACUCUGGGAAGAUUUUGUCCAGAAGAAUUCACCCUGUGCACCGAGUGCAGCUUUUUUCAUAAGCGAAAGUCUUUAUUGGCUUUCAUAGCUUUUCUAUUGUUUGUUUUUAUUAUUUCUCUUUCUCUUAUUUUUUACUACUCUAAGAAAGGCAGAAGAAGUUACAAAUAGUCCUGAACAUUUUCCUCUUCAUUUUGAAAUAAUU